CACCUGGUUGCGGUGUGCGGCAAACGUCGCCACUGGGGAGACAAAGGCGGCCGGGUGUCGCGUUGGGCCACCCUCGUGUGCCGCGCUGGCCCUUCAAAUGCGCUGUUCUCUUACGGCACUUGCCCACAACGUUCUGUUGCAGGCCUGCAAGUGCAUGGGGGGGCUUCGUGAAGAGCCAACGUGGUUCAGCGUCACCGUCUUUGUUAAAACGAAUGCCGCCGGGAUUGUGUCGGGUAGUAGUAGUAGUGAUAAUAUUAAUAAUGUUUGGUCCCGCAAAGGCCAAUUGAAGUCUCUGACACGGACGCUUAACGGUGCAUUUGCACCGUGUUGCGGAUUUGCGGAGUGGAGUUACACGGCCUGCAGUAAGCAGGUGACGAAAUGAGCGGUCAGCUGCAGAGCACUUCCACAGCAGAGUGAAGAUGCUUGGGGCCACCUACGCUGCUUUCGUUCUUCUGUGCGCCGCCUCCUUGGCCCUGGCAUGGCUGGCGUCCCGAGCCCGGCUGGGAACAGAUGCCGUGCGAAACCCAACGUACAGGAACUUCCAACUGCACUUCUAUGCUCCUUACUUUCUGGCUCUCGCCGCCGACUGGCUGCAAGGUCCGUACCUGUACAAGCUCUACAGCCACUAUGGCUUCCUGGAGCCGCAGAUCGCCGUGCUGUACGUGUGCGGCUUCGCGGCGGGCCUGCUGCUGGCGCCGUUUGUCGGCACACUCGCCGAGCGGCUGGGCGGCCGGCGCACGUCGUGCGUCCUCUUCUCGCUGCUCUGCGCGGCCAGCUGCCUCCUGAAGCUGUCGCGCGGCUACUUUGUACUGCUCGUAGCCCGAAUCCUGGGUGGGAUCUCCACCGCCCUACUCUUCACAGCCCAUGAGACCUGGUACCAGCACGAGCACAGGCAGAUUCACGACUUCCCAGCAGAGUGGGUGGAUGGAACUCUGGCCGAGGUGGCCCUGUGGAACGGGGCCAUUGCGGCUGUGGCGGGCGUCGUAGCUAACGUGGCCGCGGAGACGCUGGCCUUUGGGCCGGUGGCCCCGUUCGUGCUCGCCGUGCCCUUCCUGGCCGUCUCGGGGGCGCUGAUCGUCUGGCGCUGGGAUGAAAAUCGCAGCGCGACCAAGGUUGGGCUGAGGAGGAGCUGCAUUGAGGGACUGCGAUGCCUGCUGUCCGACCGCAAAGUGCUGCUGCUUGCGGCUAUACAGGCCCUGUUCGAGAGUACCGUCUACAUGUUCGUGUUCCUGUGGACUCCCGUGCUGGACCCUUGGAACGCGCCGCUCGGCAUAGCCUUCUCCUCCUUCAUGCUGGCCAGCCUCGCCGGCUCGUCGCUCUACCGCCUCGCCACAUCGCCCUCUCGCCCGCUCGUGCAGCCCACGCACGCCCUGCUGCUGUCCGUGGCACUUGCGCUCGGCGCGUUCGUGCAGCUGGUGUGGAGCACGGCUCCCCCCAACGCUAGUCCCUACCGCUCCUUAUUGGCUUUCCUGGCUUUUGAGUUCGCGGUCGGCGUCUACUUCCCAGCCGUUGCUUUCCUGCGUAGCAAGGUCAUACCGGAGAAGAGCCAGGCGGGGGUACUGGGCUGGCUGCGUGUGCCGCUGAACACGUUCACGUGCCUCGGGCUGCUCGCACUGCACGACACAGACGUGCGUACGGGCCCCCGCGACGUCUUCACCAUAUGUGCGGGGCUUAUGCUGGCGACGCUCGUGGCCAGCCUGGUCUUCUGCUGGAUGAGCCGGCAGGAUGAGCUGCAGGUGCAUGAGUCCCAGCAGCAGCAGCAGCAGCAAGAGCAGCAGCAAGAGCCGCAGCAAGAGCCGCAGCAGACUCCGUUCGACAGCCUGUUGAGCCCCGUGCAGUGACGCUUUGUGGCUGUGUGGAUGGUACGAAAUGGGUUUGCUGCGGUGCAUAGGAUUUAAACUAUUAUGAAUGUCUAAGUUUAUCAUGUAUAUUGGUUUAUGAUGGAUGUAUGCUUGGGUGAGUAGAGAGGGACUAAAGAAGAGGUCAUGGAUGAGUUUUGGUUGAAAAUCAUUGGGAUGUUAAUUUAAUCUAUUUUUGGGUGAACAAAGUGACAUCACCUGAUGCAAUGUGACACCACUUUUUGUGGCAACAGCGUGGAUGUGAUGUUAUUGUUACUUGUAACGUCAUUUGAUUGGAUUAGUCCUAAAACAUUUUUCCAGAUCAUCUUAAAGGUAUAAGCUCAAUUUUGUUAGAUUAAUCCAAAAAUUAGGAACAUAUCCCAAGGAGAUAGUUAUUUGUUGACAAUGAGUUUGUGUAAAUUGUUUGGAAAUGCUCUUUUCGUACUGAAAAAGAAUGCCAGUGUGAAUUUAAUCACUGUUACAGGAAUUAUGUAUAUCUUUGUAUUAUCAGCAAAGUAUCUAUUUAAAGCAUUGAAUAAGGUAGCUUCGUUUACAAUUGUCAUACUUUGCAUGAGGCAAUUUUGUAAUUUAGCAUAAUGGAUGAUAGUCAACAUCUACAUUUAUAUAUACACACACGUGUAAAACUCAAUAGCAACAUCUUUUACCUAAUUUGCAUUAAAUCUUGAGCACCAAGCACGUAUUGUGUGUGGUGGUAGGGUCAAGUGUGGGUACCUCUUCCAACACAUCUUACAAGCGUGGAAGAGUAGGCCAUAUACCCUCCAGAGCGUGGGCUUAAGAAUGUUAUCUUGUGGGAGGCCCGCCUGCCUGCAGUUGCCUACGCAAGCAACUGCAAAUUUACCUUGGAUCACAUUGCUUGCAUUGCAAAUUAUACAUAAUUUUUACUGCUGUAAACAAUUUGCGGAAUUAUGAGCUUCAAAGAUAAGUGGAAAAUACAACCGUAGCAGAUUUUUUAAAACUUUAUUGUGGCCAUUGUAUUUUAGUUGUGUGUAACACAUAGCACCUGUCAACUAAUGGACGAGAUUGACAUACAGGUCGAUUAGUGACAUAAAGCAAACUAAUGCAUAUUUAUGUUUGUCAACACAACGCACAACUGUCUAGAGCAAUGAAAACACAACGGAUCAUCCUUGUUUCAUCCUUCCGAAAUAAGUUGUGCUACAUUAUGGAGGUUGAAUUACACUUAAUAAUUUAAAAUAUAAAUUGACGAAACAUUACUAAAACACACGACUGAUUUAAUAAUAAAAUACAUAAACACAA